AGGUGCAUUAUUAUCUUGUUUAUGUUCCCUGCACGAGGUCGUGUGUCGGGGAGGGGGCUGCUAUCGUCUAGCUUCCUAACUUUUGUUUCUUCUCUGGUUAGUUCAUGCAUGACUGUUGACGGAGUUACUUCAAGGCUGUGGCAGCCAUUUUCACCCUGCAGGUGCAGCGCGACUACUGACGAUGGCUGGGAAAAAAAUAAUUUAUAACUUGGAUAAUCCUGAAGACGUCAAGAAAAUCCAUAGUAUGCUGUUUGAUGAUACUUCGGGAGAUGAGGACUUUGGAGAACAAUCUGAUUCUGAUAGUGAAGAUCAGAUACACGAGCGAGAGGAGAAUUCAGACACUGAGCAAAGCUGUAAUGAAUCAGAUGGUGAUGAUCCCGGUAAUGCAUCUUACUACAUGGCAAACCAUAAGAAAAAUGGUAAGAUCGUCGAUUCGUACCAAUGGAACAAAUGCCCAUGUCCGAACAAGAGGAGAAGAGGUAAGCAAAAUUUGUUAUUACACAUCCCUGGGGUUAUAGGAACAGCAAUGAAUGCUGAAACCAUUUUAGAUACCUGGCUUAUUCUUUUUGAUGAGUCAAUACUCGACUCUGUUGUUGCAUGGACAAACCAACAUAUUGAACUUGUAAGACCUCAAUUUAAUCGCCUCAGAGAUGCACGUUCGACGGAUGUAAUAGAGAUGAAGGCUUUUAUGGGUUUGUUGUACCUAGCUGGUGUGUAUCGUGGGUCACGCCUGAACUUAAAAGACCUUUGGGAUCCCUCUGGGGAUGGUGUUGAAACAUUUAGGCUCACCAUGUCCUUAAAACGCUUGCGAUUUUUGAUGAGGUGUAUUCGAUUUGACAACAAAGAGACGAGAAAUGAAAGGAAAGAACUAGAUCGAAUUGCACCAAUACGAGAAUGUUUUGAAACAUUUGUUGCUAAUUGCCAGAAAAGUUACUCUCUUGGAGAGAAUGUCACACUUGAUGAAAAAUUAGAAGCAUUUCGGGGUCGUUGCGGUUUCCGCCAGUACAUUCCCUCAAAACCUGCCAAAUAUGGAAUCAAGAUCUUUGCACUUGUAGAUUCCAAAAUGUAUUACACUUUCAACAUGGAAGUAUAUGCUGGGAAACAACCAUAUGGACCGUAUGCUGUCAGUAAUCAUUGUACAGAUGUUGUUCAUAGGAUGGUAUCGCCCAUAGUCAACUCAGGACGAAAUGUUACUACUGAUAAUUGGUUCAGUGAUGUUCCACUUUUGAGUGAUCUGGCCGAUAAAAAACUAUCCCUUGUUGCCACACUGAAAAAAAAUAAAUGGCAAAUCCCUGACGUAUUCAAACACAUGGCUAACAGAAGUGAAAAGUCCAGUAUAUUUGGAUUCAGAAAAGAAGGGACUUAAGUUUCCUAUGUUCCUAGGAAAAACAAAAAUGUAUUUCUCAUAUCCAGCCUUCAUUUUGACGAUGCAAUCGAUGAUUCUACUGGGCCUUCAAAAAAACCGGACAUCGUAACAUUUUACAAUGAAACUAAAGGUGGUGUGGAUACGGUGGAUAAAUUGUGUGCAACGUAUAACGUGGCGAGAAAUGCUCGGCGGUGGCCUUUGGUAAUAUUUUUUGCUAUGCUCAAUGUGGCCGGUAUCAACGCACAAGUCAUUUACUCUGGAAACGGUUAUGUUGUAGCCAACCGCAGGACAUUUUUACGCCAACUUGCCAAAGGUCUUGUUUCAGAAGAAAUGACAUGACGCAGUGCUGAAAAACAGAAUUUACACAUAACACUUCGGCACAGAUUGACAGAAGUAACCAAGCAGCCUCUCAAGUGUAGGGAAUCGAACAGCAAAUCACAAGAGAUGAACGACCAAAACAAUAAAAGGAAAUUGUGUGAGCCUUGUCGCGAAGACAAACAACGCAAAAAUACCAAAUAUUGUUGCGCUACUUGUGGCAAAUAUUUGUGUUUGAGUCAUGUCACUAUUAUUUGCAAAGAUUGUUAUGAAUGUAAGACAUCUUCUGCAGAUGAUGGUUUGGAAGUUGAUAAAGAAUAAGUGCAAAAGGCCUGUGAGUUGGUGAAAAAAAGACAGCUGAAAAACAAACAGUGUCUGCAAUUUUUAUAUUUUAUGUGUUCUCUGAAUUUUUAGUGCUUUUGUUUUUUCAUUUUAUCAUGCUAUUUUACUUUAAAACAUAUUUCCAUCUGGACUCAUUUAUACGAGAAGAAAAGUUUGUAUAUUACCUAUUAAUUUCACAAAGAUUUGGAUUGUGUAUGUACCAAAUAAGAAGUGUAAAUAAUGCAUGGAAUUAAUCGAAAUAUAAGAACUUACAUAUUUCAUAACAUAUCUGACUAAAUUAUGUUUUAUUUAAAUACUGAAAAAUAAUUUUAAAAUAUUAUACCUGAAUUUCUUUGUUACUGAUCUACAGCUAUUGUUUUGGAUUUUUUAUGCAUUUAUACUGUGGUAAUAUUAACAAUAAAUUAUGAAGAUUCUUAUGUUAAAUAAAUUUUAAAUUUACAUUUUAAAUCUUUACAUAUAUACAGUUCAAAUUUACAUGGUAUUGUAAUGAAACUCUUCAGUAGUGGGGAUUUAUGUUGGUGGAAAUAGGAGGAGCACCUCACAGGUGCAUUGCGCCAAUCCAUGUUUGAAACAUAGGUGCGCCUAUCGGAAGGUUAAAGCGUUUUUGUGUUCCGCAAGUUGCUAAGAGCGAGUAUAUAACUUCAGUUCAAACGUGCGUUUUCUUUUGAUGUUUAAUCGUCGAAGUCCCUGAACAGUUAGUUGGAUUAGUCUCGUAAUGGUCGAGACGACUGAGCUCUUUCUCGCUGGCCUCCACGUUCACCUGGCAUAUAGCCAUGCGAUUUUUUUUUUUAUCUUUGGGGCUUUACAAAAGAUCGUGUAAAGCACGAUGCAUAGUGAUUUGCCAGAGUUGAGACACAGAAUUGAAGAGGCUGCUGCUUUCAAUUCUCCGGACGUGUUAACCAAAGUGUGGAAGAAUUGGUAUUUAGGUUGGAUGUGUGCCGUAUAACUAAAGUUGCAUAUUUUUCACAUUUGUAAGAAAAAUAUGUUAGUUUACCUUCAAUUUGUAUGUGUGAUUUGUUGUAAAUAGUGAAAAUUUAAAUGUUAUACCACUGAAACUGGGACAUAUUGUAUCUAAGGACAUUGGCAUACCCGGGUACACACGCAACUACAAAACAAACAACGCAAUUAGAAAACUUUUCAAGAUAAUAGAGUUUUACUUAUUUACGAAAAAUAUUUAAUAAUACGCUGAGGGCAAAUUACGUAUGUUGUUUCCAAAAUUGAAUUGUUGGAAUAUUUACAAUGGCCAAAGUUUUCAGAAUAAUUUUUAUGCGUUAAACACCUGGUACAGAUUCUUGAAAGCACUCAAGGGACUUUCAUUACACUUUAAUCUUCGUUUCUCCGCCGUGUGUGUUACGGUUACCGCUCAGAUCAGUACAGAGGCUUGCGUUUAGAGACUACAUCGCGCUGGAAGCACCAGCGAGCGUCGCACUUAUCAUCCCGCCUCACAAAUACACCCUAGACCAGUCCGGGGGGGGGGGGGGGGGACCCUUAGUACCAUUCAUCGUGGGAGAAAAAGAAAAUGUUCAACCUGCAGACUUGUUGGUUUAGUGGCUGGAACAUGUGUUUGGUGAGCCAAAGAUAUCGUGUUCAGGACACGGUAUUAAUUUUGACACUUCUCCUUCAUACCUGCGGAAGACAACGGUGAACCUUUGCGGAAUCAUCUCGCCUCGUACAUCCUUGGGCCGUUCAACCCAAUAUUAUCAUCACAUUACGCGUGUGUGUGUAUUCACAAACAAGCCUUAAAUUUAUGAAGAACGCUGGUGACAAAUUAUCCGGGGAUCUUCAUAAAUGUAUCAUUAUCUAAUUAAAAUUUACGGGUACAAAGUUCACUUACUUCGAACAUUACGCCACUAGAAUAAUCUGGGCACAUAAUAAAAAAAAUUAAAAA